UCCUGCUCCCCCGCACCUCCUGAUUCGCUCCCCCAGCUGCCGAAGCCCUCCCUUCCCACUCAAAUUAAACUACCUCUGGACUCCUGGAACAGAAUUGAACUGACCUGUGGCAACACACGCACAAAAGGACUGAUAACCUCAAACGGGACAUUGAAGUACUUACAGCACAAGGGGAAGGGGAAAGGAGCCACAGCAUUUGAGAAUUGAUCCGGCGAUAAAUAAAAAGGCGCAGUGUGGCAAGUUUCACAUGGAUCUGAGCACGGGGAUGCAGAAGAUGUCCAUUCUCCAUCAGGCAGGAAAAGGAACCCCAUGUCUAGGAUGCAGAGGGAUGUGCAAAGCAUUUGAGCCACAUCCUUGGAGAAAGAUAUGCAAGUCAUGCAAAUGCAGUCAAGAGGAUCACAGCCUGCACUCUGACACUGAGGAUGAUCGGAAAAUUGGCCGGCUUUUGGCUGACUCCAAAUAUUCCAAUCUGACAGCUCGGGUAAAGGGAGGAGAUGGAGUUCGCAUUUAUAAAAGGAACAGGAUGAUUAUAACCAACCCUAUUGUGUCAAGAAAAGAUCCAACUUUUGACACAGUCACGUAUGAGUGGGCCCCACCAGGUCUGACCCAAAAACUGGCUAUUCAUUAUAUGGAUUUCAUUCCAAAGGAAAUGCAGCCAAUCGCUGGCACCGAAGGGGCCUAUUAUCGCCGUAGGCAACUAAUGAGGCAGCUACCUGUCUAUGACCAGGACCCCUUUCAAUGUCAUGCUUUGUCAGAGAGUGAAGUGAAGAGCAUGCAGGAGUUCAUCAGGAAGUACAAGAGUGACGUGCUGGGAGUUGGAGAAGUGGCACUGCCUGGCCAAGCAGCCAGUGCCAAAGAAGAAGCCAACCAGCAGCAGAAGACAGAAGCCAAGGGACAAUUUUCCAAUGGCAAAGUAGCAAAAGAGAAACCCCAGGACAGCCCAGCUGCAUCCAAUGGGACACUGGCAGAGUCCCAGCAGAAAGACAAAUAUCAUUGUGAGCUUUGUAAGCAGACAGUCAGCAACGAGAGCCCCGUGGUGUACAGCGAGCGGGCUGGGUAUGCCCGCCUUUGGCACCCGGCAUGCUUUUUAUGCACCUGGUGCAAUGAACCCCUGGUGGAUCUCAUCUACUUCUGGAAGAGCGGCAGGCUGCUGUGCGGACGCCAUUACUGUGAGAGUGAGAAACCUCGCUGCAUUGCCUGUGAUGAGUUAAUUUUCUCAGAAGACGUCGUGGAAUGCAAGGGACUGACGUGGCACAAGAAGCAUUUCUGCUGCUUGGAGUGUGAGCAACCACUGCUGGGAAAAGCCUAUGAGCUGGAGCAGGCCAAGCUGCACUGUAUAGCCUGUAACAAAAGAAUCAAGAACAUGUGAAGGCCUUUCACUAGAAUGAUGAUCAUGCUGUGUUUUUCAUUCACCGCCCAUAUAAAUUAACCAAAGGAACUUUGGUCAGCUAGAUCAUAGAAUGCAAAUCUAACAAACACCAGUAGCAACUCCCAAGAGUGAAGUUCUUCCACAAAGUAGACAUUCUUUUAAAACUAUGUAAGAUUCAUUAGAAAGGUGGGGUUGAUGUCAUUGGUUCGUUAUUUUACAAUGCCCCUCUGAGAGAAAACCAUGGUUUGGUAUCAUGUGCUCAGAUUCAAUGAAAUGUACCCCCCUUUAAUCUAAGACCCCAGAUUUACUUUGAGAAGUGAAAGGCUUUUUAAAAAUGAUAUUUUUUUUGCAGCAUAUAUAUAAUUGAAACACUGCACUUCAAUUCUUGCCAUGUUUAUGUAUUGAAUAUAGGAUACUGUAGCAUCAUGAGCACAUGACUGGUUGGUGAGUUAAUCUGGUCGACAGCUAUAAAAUCUUUGUGGGGGUUUAUUUCAGCUAAAGUUAAAUUCCUGUCAAAAUUUAAUUGCUAGACCUAUGCAUUAACAUAAUGGUUAAAUCCAUUUAGAUUAUAAACAGUGAAGCAUUUGAACUUAGAAUCAAAUGUAUCCACGCCAUCAAUAUAUUUUACAGUUUAAACUACUCAACAGAAAAUGAAAGUAUUUCCAAGGAAGUACCCUCCUGAUUCAAGCCGGUAAAAAACAGACAGUGAAUAUAUAAGCCAUAAAAACCUAUCAGUCCCUGGAUUUGAUAACCUGAGCUGUGUAACAGUAAAUGUGCUGCUCUGAGCCUUGGUACUCCAUGGCCAUUGCGGGAGAAGUUAGUCAGAAUUCACCGACUAAACCACUAUCCAGUGACCACAUUCUUAAAGGACUUUUUCAAGAUGAAAGUCAAAUCAGACUGAAUUAUGAUGCAUACUACAGAAGGCCAAUUUUUGCUGCUCCCAAUGAUAUGAAGCCAUGUGAGUGGGGCACAGGAAUAAGCCCUGACAUCUUUGGAACAUGCCACAAAAGGGAGUCUUGACUCACUAGAGAGAAACAGAGAAAGUAAAUGGCCACAAGAAAUAUCGGUUUUCAGCACUAGUUUAAAGUUACUGCCUUGAGGGUGGUCUAGUCACAAUUUAGAUUUGGGCAUAAUGGACUACAGAAAGUCAGAACAGCAGAUUUGGGGGUUGAAAUAGCUCCAGGGUAAUUUCAUUGUUAUCAUUUCUUUAGGAAAGGCUUGCAGGGUCAAGACUUGCUGCCUUUAGUAUAAUGGUGCUCUGAUUUAAGAUAGUACUGCAGAAACGCCAAUACAAUAUCCUCUUAUCUAUGUUUUUCUUGCAAUAGAUGACCACAUUACUGUUUGACUAUUACUGCAAUUCAACAGCUACCUAAUGGUUAGAAAUAUCUUAUGUUAUUCAAUGUUUCUUUGCUUGAAUAUUUAGAGGGGAAUCAGGCAAGAAAAUGAAUAUCUGGACUCUAACCCUAUUGAUCAAUUCAGCAUUAUCUAGGUUCCACAUAUUCUGCUGCAGAGGGAGAAGGUAGCAAAUUAAGCUUUCAACAAUUUAUGCAAUUACUUAUGGUAGAGUAUCUCAUUGCUUGACAGAAGACUAACUUUCUUUUUAAACUUUAGAAGAAUUGAUUGUUUAAUUGUAUCUAAGUAUGUAUGCAGUGUUUAGUUCUAUAAGAUAGCUGUUACAAAUUCACAGGGCUAGCAAUGAGAUUCACCAGCAGGGAGCAGGUGCUGGGCAAAUGGAAUGUGAGGGCUUGGUAGUUGGAGUGAGGGUGCUGAGGGUCUGGAGUGCAAGGGCUGGGGGUUGGGGAAUGACAGCUGGGACAUUUGUGCUAGUGGAUCACUCAGCAUAAAUGUUCUCUUUCCUUAAAAACCCUGUCAGGCCCUUUGAUCUACGUACUCAACUCAAUUGGGGUUAUUUUGACCUAUCCGCUCAACUGGAAAAAUCCAUGACAUGAAUUAUGCCCUCCCCAUUAUUACUCUCCAGUGAUUGCAAUGUAAAAUGCAAGAUUUGCUUGCAAUCCAAUUUAUUUGGUUCCCAGUGGGCAGGUUAGGUUAAAAUUGCCACCAUGAAUUUUGGUUUCAGUGCUUGCUCUUGAGCAACUACACAGUGCAACCUUUUAACAUUGAAGUGGGAGGUGGAAGUGGAGGAUGCAGGAGAAAAACUGCUUCUGUCCUGUUUGGGUGAGUGGGCAGGAAGAAGGGCAUCAGGGGUAUGGGGCCUUCAGUCAUCAAGCAAGGACAAUGUAUCCGGUCUGUGUGUUCAUCAUUCCCACCCCAAAGGCAGUCCUGUACAUGCUCCUCAUUCAUUUGUACAUCGUCACCACAGAUGAAAGCACAGAAAGAAAAUGUUAAAUGAACAUUUUUGAGAUGGGGGGAGGUUCUAUUUGUGAAAAUUAUAUAGUUAGCAUAAGUUAAUGACUGUGUGUGCCCAUUUUGGUAAGCUGUGAAUGACAUGUCUAAAUAUAGACUUCUGUAGUUAUUUAACCCUUUUGAGAACAUAAAU